GUGGACCAACAGGACGGUCAUCUCUUCCUCCUCGUCAAAUCCCAGUAUUGUUAGUUUCUUGCUUUCCAUAAUCCCUUGCAGGUCCUUGUCAUUGUUCUUGAACCCUCGGUCUCCCCGCAAUCAAGAUCUGCACAAUGUCGUUUGUUAAACUCAGUAUAUUCGGUACCUCCUUUGAGGUGACAACCCGCUACGUCGAUCUACAGCCGGUAGGCAUGGGGGCAUUUGGUCUCGUUUGCUCGGCAAAAGAUCAGCUCACAGGGUCAUCCGUCGCGAUCAAGAAAAUUAUGAAGCCAUUCAGCACCCCUGUUCUCAGUAAACGAACAUAUCGUGAACUGAAGCUGCUCAAGCACAUCCAGCACGAAAAUAUCAUCAGUUUAAGUGAUGUAUUCAUAUCACCGCUUGAAGACUUAUAUUUCGUGACGGAAUUGCUUGGGACGGAUCUUCACCGACUACUAACGUCUCGUCCUCUGGAGAAGCAGUUUAUCCAGUACUUUUUGUACCAAAUUUUGCGUGGACUCAAAUAUGUUCACUCCGCCGGUGUCGUUCACCGUGAUCUUAAACCAAGCAACAUACUAGUCAACGAGAAUUGUGAUCUGAAGAUCUGCGAUUUUGGUUUAGCAAGGAUACAAGAUCCACAAAUGACGGGUUAUGUUUCGACUAGGUAUUAUCGUGCUCCAGAAAUCAUGUUGACCUGGCAGAAAUACGACGUCGCCGUCGACAUCUGGAGUACAGGAUGUAUAUUUGCUGAAAUGCUUGAGGGAAAGCCAUUAUUCCCUGGAAAAGAUCACGUGAACCAGUUUUCCAUCAUCACGGAACUCUUGGGUACCCCACCCGAUGAUGUCAUUGAGACAAUCUGUAGUGAAAACACGCUUCGCUUUGUACAGAGUUUACCAAAGAGAGAACGUGUUCCAUUCAGCCAGAAGUUACGCACCAAAGAUGAAGAUGCAUUAGACCUGUUGGAGAAGAUGUUGGUGUUUGACCCUCGAAAACGGAUAGAUGCUACGGAGUCCCUUGCCCACGAAUAUGUCGCUCCCUACCAUGACCCAACUGACGAGCCAGUUGCUGUCGAGAAAUUCGACUGGAGUUUCAACGAUGCCGACCUCCCUGUAGAUACAUGGAAGGUCAUGAUGUAUAGCGAAAUACUUGAUUUCCACCAAGUUGGCGAAGCAAUCACUUCCGCUGGCGGUAUUCCCGAGGGUGCACUGGCAGGACCUCAGACCACGGCUGCGGCAGUCCCACCAACUGAGUAACCAGAUGGAUCAAAUUUGACCCUUUUAUAAUUGGUCGCUUCACCAGUAUUUUCUUGGUUCGAACAAUCGACUCCUUCUUUUGACGGCCUUGACUUGUAGACGCCUAUUUUUUUUAUUCGCCCCCCCCAAGUUCAAAUUUCCAUCAAUAUUUCUACCUCACUCUUUCCAGUGUCUCCAGUGACUGUGCUACCCCUUCCCUCGCUGCGCUAUGUUUUUCUCCUGGAAAGUAGGUUCAAAACAUCGCCAUUUUUUGACUGUAUACUGCUACACAUAGUAUCGCCUUCAAUACCUACAUCCUUUGUACUUCCUCGUAUCCUCUAUCAGCCCAAGUAGUUUCUUUUAGCAAUGUAAAUCUCGCAAUACACGUACGGGUAAAUCUCGAGAUCAACUUUGUGACUUCUCGCAAAAUAUUACAUGCAUGUCACGUGUGCGGUUCGCGCUCACCU